UAAAAUUUUAGCAACUUUACAACCCCUCCGUUCUCAUUUUGGUGCCCGCCGAGCUCGCCUGUUUUAAAACUCUUUCACUACACGCCCUUUUUAUGCGCCGGAGGUGACAAAAGUCCCCGUGAGGGGAGGAAGGCCCCCAAGAUGGCGAUGCUGGCGGAGCCCCGGAGAAAGCAGAAGUGGUCCGUGGAUCCACGAAACAGCGCUUGGAGCAAAGAUGACUCUAAAUUCGGCCAGAAGAUGCUGGAAAAGAUGGGCUGGUCCAAAGGAAAGGGUCUUGGGGCUCAGGAACAAGGAAAUCCAGAACACAUCAGGGUGAAGGUGAAAAACAACACGCUGGGAUUAGGAGCAAACAUCAACCACGAGGACAACUGGAUUGCUCAUCAGGAUGACUUCAACCAGCUCCUGGCUGAACUGAAUAAUUGCCAUGGACAGGGUGAAACAGAGCCCUCAGUGAAAAAUCAGAAAAAGACCUUCAGCCUCGAAGAAAAAUCCAAAUCUUCCAAGAAACGUGUCCAUUAUAUGAAGUUUGCCAAAGGUAAGGACCUCUCAUCCUGCAGUGAACAUGAUCUGUCCUGCAUAUUUGGGAGGAGACAGAAGAGUGGGAAGACACAGGAGGAUAUCACUGAUCCUGAGUCUCAGGAAGACAAGGAGAGCAAGGGCUGGCUCUCUGACCCUGCAGAUGGUUCCAACACAGUGAAGAGCGUUCUCACUGUGCAGGAGUAUUUUGCCAAGCGCAUGGCAAAGCUGAAAGGAUCCCAGAAGGAACCAGAAACAAAGGUGGAUAAUUCCAGCCCGACAGCUGAUGAAGCUUUGGAUCCUGUGGAAGAGCUGGAAACCAAAGUGAAGAAGAAAAAGAAGAAGCAGAAGAGAGAGGAGGAGGCAGAAAGGACAGAGCACUGCGAGAAAGAGCCCGAGACGAGUGGUUUAGAUGGGGAGGAACUGGGUACUCCAUUAAAUGAAUGUCACAGAGGGAAAAAGAAGAGGAAACAUAAAGAGCAGCACAAAGGGGAAAACACCAGCUGUGAUGAAAAUAUGGGCCAUGGAGAAAUUUAUGUGGGAAUAGCUGAUGGGGAGGAUCUGGGUGUGAAGGACCAGGAGGAAGAGCAGAAGAAACGCCGUAAGAAGAAACACAAAAGGCAAAAAGAGGAGGUGGAGGAGUGUGUGGAAGGAGCUCCCAGGAAGAAAAAGAAGCACUGCAAGCACAUUUAACCAUUUCAGACUCACUCUGAGGUGAAUUAGAGGAGGACUCUGGGUAAACUCAGCAGCAAACACGUUGUGCCCCAGGGUAGAACACGGUGCUCCACCUCCAGCUGGGACCACAGCCUGGGUUCAAGUGUCUCUUCCAAAGGAGAACGUGGUGAUGGGCCAACAUGAGCUUCAGUGCCAUGUUAAAAAGGGAUCCAGCACGUGAUUCAGACUGUGAAAGGCAGGGAACUACUUCCUGCUGCUUCACACCAACUGUGUUUUUCCCAAUUCAGGAAAAAGUACCAAAAAAACCACUGCCUUUUUUAUUAAAGUUAUUUUCACUUGUGAGAGCCCAGCUCUGCUUCUGGAAACAGGAGGGGGUUUGCAAAGCUGUUUGUGUUUUUUCACUGAUUUUUUGAAAAGCAAUGUCUAAUUUUUUUCAUUGAUCUCCUUUUACAACUAAAAUGAAUGUUUUUUUCUUCCCAAAAUGCUUACCCUGAUUAAAGGUUUACAGCUGAGUGUCAGUACUAGAGGAUGAAAUAAAAAUGCCUCCCUGUGUUUUCAGACCAGUUGUUUAACUGUGGUGAAACAGUUGUAACUUUGCACCAGAGCUAAAGGAACCGUGUAUCAACCAUCUCUGCUUACUUAGAUGUGUAUUAAUCAUUUAUUAACCAUAUCUAAAUGUGUCAUUUAUUAACCAAAUCUAAAUCUGUCAUUCUCAGGCAAUAUUCAGGGUCUCCUCAGUGAUGCAUCUGGCAUUCAGAAAGUUGGAGAGAGCAAGUUGUUUUUUUCUGAAAUUAGGAGACCAGUAGAUUUUCAAAGCACAGUCAUUAGCAUUGCCACUUCCACAUUGAAAACUUGCAAUUCAGAUUUAUAACCAAAUUAGAACUUGUUUCAAAUUGUGAGCCUGGAAUUAAGUAAGGCUGGAACUCAGCACUGCCAGGAGAAGUUUUGUGUGAGAUCUUGGAACAGUCAGCAUGAAUUUUGAUGUGUUCAGAUCUCUCAGUUAAGAGCUGUCAGGAGAGAUGGGUGAGCUUGGAAGUGGUGGAAUUUGCCAUCCUGAUGUCCUGCUCUGAUAUUCCUUUGGCCACAGCAAAUGGACAGCACAGCCCUGAAAUCCAGCCAGUUGUCCUGGCCCAAUCCAGAAUUCAAAUCCAUGAGCUGCCCAUUUCAUUAAGGCCUGGCUGUGUCUCAUCAGUGUAAAUCUAAACCACCCCAUUGGCUGCUCUGCUGAAUAAAAUGGGUACAUUUUUAUAUUGUCUUAGCUCAGUGGAGUUGCUUAACGUGGUUUGAGAAACAUUGUCAAGAUGCAGAUGUUAAUAGGAAAAAAAAUUUCCUUUAGCUGCCUUUAUUGUCCAGUGGAAGGAACUUCAUCUGCAGCACAGACCACAUGGCUUUGGGUGUUUGAUUUGCAGCUGAACUCUUCCUUUUUUUAAGAUCUCUUGGUUUCCAGUGCACCUUUUUUUUUUUUUUUUGCCCUCAGGACAUGCUCAUUCAUUGCUGCAAAAUUACUGUAGUUUUACUUAUUGUAUGGGAGAACAAGAUGCCUUUCUCUGUGUUUCACAUCACAUGCCAGUGGUUUUUAACCCUUGUAGCAUCUCCUUUUCAGGAGAAAUACAAUUAUUAUCCAAUAUAAUCCUGCUUGUUCCUGGCUUCCUUAAAUGAUCUACCAAUUAAUGCCAUCAGGUUGCUUUGAAGUUGGGAGUAAACUCCAUGACUGAGGUGAAAAAAUUAUCUUUGUGUUACCUCUUUGAAUUUUUCUUUAUUAGUAGAAUCCAAAAGUCUGAGUGUUUGCAAUUCUAUUUUUUUUUACUUUUAAGCAGCUGAACUUCCCAGUUUGAAUUUUUGUUUGUUAGAAUCCAAAAGCCUGAUUGUUUCUAAUUAAUUUUUUCUUUUCUUUUUUAACUCAACUCUUAAGCAGCUGAACUUCACAGCCUCUCUGGGAUUUCAAUUCCAAAAGGUGCUAGUCAAGGAAUAAGGUUUCCUUCUCCAAAUCCUGCUGGGCUUGUUUGUUUGUUCCCUCUAUUAAUCUUCCAGUUUCUGUGUGCUAAUUCUUAUGGGUGUUUGGCCACAUUCCAGUGCCAGUUACAGAAAGAAUGAAAUUCCUGGAAUAAAUCUUUAAAUUUAUGGUGUCCCUGCAGUUAAGUGCAGUAUACCCAGGAUUUAAAUCUGGCUCAGAUGGAAGUAUCAGCUACAAAUGGAAGAUCCUCUCUUUCUACAAGAAAUGCAUGGCACUUUAUCCCAGGAAAUGUGGGAUUUUAAUGUGCCUCAAGCUCUGCAUGUGGUUUGGGGGGGGGGGAGGAUCAUAACAAAUAAAUAAUCAUAAAUCAUAAAUUGCUUGCAUUUGACACAAGCAAUUCAUUUAAGUGCCCUGCUCUGUGUUAGUGGUCAGCCCUCAAAUGUGUUGCUCAAACGAAAGGCUCUUCUUACAAGAUACUGCCCAGUGAAAUUGGAACAACAGGAACAUGUUUCGAAGUAAUAAAUUAUAUUUGAUUUUU